AAACUGACAGCUCUCUCUAUCUGCUAUUCACUCUCCUCUCACCAUUCUUCCUUCUCCCUUCAAAACACUUUCUCUUCCAAAUUCAGAUUCCCAAAACCAAUUUCCCUCACUCUCAUCUGAUCCUUUUCAAUCAUGCCUCCUCCUUCUCUCUCCUUUUAUUACUCCUACAUGCACGAAUUACGCUUCCUCAGUCUCAUCCGCCGAUUCCUUCGCUCCAAAUCCAAAUCAUCUCGUAAGCGAUUACGUUUCCCGUCUCAUCCAUCAUCGGAUAUUCUAUUUCCCGAAAUUGAACACAGUAUUGUUGAUGACGAUGAUCAGCUGGCCGCCUCCUCCUCCUCGGUGUUGCAGAGGACAGUGAAGAGCCUUCACUUCGGCGACGGAGAUGAGAAAGAGAGAGCCGCGAAGGAAAUUGAGAGGUUGAUUAAAAAAGAGAGCGGUAACUCGAAGGGUCUAUUACGUUUCCAACAAUUCCUGCUUUGGUCGCCAUGGCGGACUCCGAUCACUUCGCGGUGAAGGCCUUGAUUCAACUUGCUAAUCAUACUUUCUUGAACAAAACACUAAUGUUGGAGGGAGGGAUUUUAACAAAGCUACCAAAGAAGGACUCAUCCAGCCAUGAGUUUCCAGAGCUUUUACUUUCACUUUCUUGUCUAGCAAACACCCAAUUAUUUCUUGCUUCAACAGAACCAAUAAUUUCAUAUCUCUUAAUCAUACUCAACAAUCCAGAAUCUAACUCCAAAUCCAAAACAUGCUGUUUAGCAACUAUAUUCAACAUUUCCACCAUCCUAGAAAAUACAGAAACCUUAAUCUCCAAUAGUGUAAUUCCAACACUACUCAAAUUCUCCAUCAUCAAAGAAUUCUCAGAGAAAGCCCUACCAACAUUAGCAAACUUGGCAGUGACUUCAAAAGGAAAACAAGCUCUAGAAACCAACUCAAAAUUCUCCGAGAUUUUGAUAGAGAUUUUGACAUGGGAAGAGAAACCCAAAUGCCAAGAACUCUCAGCUUAUAUCAUCAUGAUUAUAGCACAUCAAAGCUGGGCUCAAAGAGAGAGAUUGACUAAGGCCAGCAUUAUUGUCCCUGCACUACUCGGAUUGGCUCUGUUAGGAAGUCCAUUAGCUCAAAACAGAGCAUUGAAACUGCUGCAAUGGUUAAAAGAUGAGCGACGAGCGAGCGUGACGGCGCAUUCUGGACCUCAGGUGGGUGAUGGGAUAGUUGAAGUAGGCUCAGGAUUCAGUGAGAAGGAGAUUGAGAAAGGGAAGAGGGUGAUGAGAAGCUUGGUGAAGCAGAGUUUGUAUAAGAAUAUGGAGAUAAUAACUAGAAGAGCUAAUGGUGGGGAAUGUUCAAGUUCAAGUUCAAGUAUUAGGAGGACUUUGGUUUCCAGUAUCAGUUCUAAGAGUUUGCCUUUUUGAGAGAUUUUAAUCCAAAUCACAUUUAUGAACUUUCAUCAUCUGCCUUUUUGUAUUGUAUUGUUUUGUUAUCUUAUGCAGAUUAACCAAUGCCAAAUGAAAUCUAGAGAAUGGAUUUGGUGUGGAUGAAUA